GUAGUGUACUCCUGAAUUCUGAGAGAGAUUCUGUUGUUUAGUUAUUUAUCAAUUUAGUAAGGAAAAAGAACAAUAGAACAGGUACAGAUUAUGAGCAGUCUGCCAUAAGUGGGGGACACAGAAUAGAAAGAAUCGCCAACAAAGAUUACUUGCCUCCUAUAAUUAGCUUAUGUUUGAUUCUUUGCCUUCACAAGAAUCCUACUUGAAGUUCUAAUGAAGUCAUCCUCCUUUCCUCAUUGGCUUAACAACUACUCUUCAUAUUCCACUUCUUGUCCCAUUCUUCAUUGCCUGUCAAACCUGUUAUUACUGAUUAAUUUACCACCAUGACUCAUCACCCUGAAACCAACCCCCACUUCAUUAGACCACUACGGCAGCGUGAAGCCCAACGUCCCCGGGCGCCAUCUACUCCUGGAAGGACUCCACCUACUUCAAGGCUGCCGUCACCAACGCCAUCUGCUCCUGGAAGGACUCCACCUACUUCAGGGCUGCCGUCACCACCACCGCAGCAUUGGGACCGACAAGACCAGCCGACUAGCGAAAAGGGACAUGAUGAUGGCCCAUUCCAAGCUCCAUUGAAGCAACAUGCAGCCCCACGUCAAGACCAACAUCCCCAUCCAGUACAUGAUCAAAGGCAUGAUGGUGAAUACCGUAGACCCUGGAUGUUUCCACACAGUCGAGAUGAAGACCACCACAAUCAUGAUCCUGGGCGUGAUGGCAAAUACCAUAGUCCAUGGAUUCUUCCACUGUCGCAGCACGAUGAAGACAUCAAGAUCACUCCCCAGCAGAAUCGUCCACCGCAGCAAGAUCAGCAUCGCAAGCAGCCUAAAAGAACUCGGACAACACAACCACAGGAUAAAGACCACUAUCCCCUCCAUCCCAAUGAUGGUCUCCCACCAGCACAGAGACAGCAACAGGACGGCUUUCGCCACCUUCUUGGUUUAAAGGCUCCAGCACCCCAGCAAACCAGGCCAAUAAUAUGGUUAGGUGCAGCGUUGUGCGCCAUUUUCUGGAUUUUAAUAAUCCUAGGAGGCCUCAUCGUGCUCAUUGUGUAUCUAGUGUAUCGCCCACGAAGUCCCGAGUUCGAGGUGUCUAGUGUCACCUUGAAUGCAGCCUACAUAGAUGCAGGUUCUUUGCUCAAUGCUGAUAUCUCUGUGCUUGCAAACUUCACCAAUCCAAACAAGAAGGUUGGCCUGGAGUUCAGUCACAUGAUCAUUGAUCUAUACUACGGGAAUACUCUGAUUGCUACCCAGUAUAUAGAAUCUUUUUCAGCACCAAAGGCAGAGUCCAGGUUCGCAAAUGUUCAUAUGGUAACUAGCCAGGCUCGGCUUCCCUUAGGAGACAGUGCUCAGCUUCAGGAUCAGAUGAAUAGAAGUGGAAUCAUAUUUAACGUCAAAGGAGUUUUUCGGGUGCGAUCUAAGUUAGGAAGUUUACUUGCAUACUCCAAUCGUUUUUAUGGUCAUUGCAUCAUCAUGGUUACUGCACCUCCUACUGGUGUCCUGAGAGCAGCCAGGUGCACAACAAAACGUUGAGAUGCGUCUCCUGAUUAGUAAGAAAUGAUUUUGCAUAUUUUCAAGAAUUAUUCUUCCUUCUUCCUUAAAUAGUAUCAAUUUCUUUUUGCAUCUAAUUGUAAUGUUUUCAGGGGGUUGCGUCCCUCAACUGACUAUUAUCUCUCUUUCAUUACAUUCCCAUCUACAUAACUAUUUUUUUAUUGAGGGAUACAUUCAGUUUGUUUCAUUUAACUCAAUGAUGGGAAUUCUCUGCAAAUUUCUAAAGCAGAUGCCAG